AUGACAGAAAAGACAGGCGUACGUUUUGAAGAGGCGGAGAAGAAGAAGGGGGUUAUUCUGACAUCAAUAGCAGUGUCAUGUGCGGCAUUGGGAUGGUUAACGCGCGGUUGCCCAACUGUAAUGGGCGCUGUAGCCCUAUUGGGCACGUAUUUUUUAACUGGAGAUAGAUACCAGUGGAUCUACAUUUGGAAGCAGACGCAUUACAGGGAUUUUCUAGGUCUGCGUGUCCUUCUAUACACAAUAUUCAGGAUAUGGAUGUGGGAGCGUCAAGGCAAGACGGUGGUCACGAGGUGGGCCGAUGUGGCUCGAAUGAGCCCGAACAAAAAGGCCUUUGUCAUGGACAAUAGGGCUCUCACGUUCCGCGAGGGUGAUGAAUUCAGUAACCGUAUAUCCUGGUACUUCAAGCGCGCAGGAUAUAAACCUGGUGAAGUAAUCGCCUUGUUGAUGGAGACGCAGCCAGAGUAUGUGUUCCUAUGGCUCGGUCUGGCCAAGAUCAGGGUGACCACUGCACUGAUCAACACCAACUUGAAGGGCAGUCAACUGAUACAUUGCCUCAGGAUAGCUGGCUGCAAAGCUGUUAUCUUUGGAGACGAGAUGUCGGAAUCUGUAAAGGAGAUCCAAUCGGAGAUUCCAGACAUCCCACUCUUUCAAUACAACUCUCCGGAUAGAGAGAAGGCUCCUUUCGUCCAGGGUACAUCACACUUGUCCGUCGAGCUGAAGGAAAUGUCUACAGAGCCUGUCAUUGAAACUGAGCAGGCGAAACCAAGGGACACGCUCUUGUAUAUUUAUACUAGUGGGACUACUGGAUUCCCUAAGGCAGCUAUUAUUACAAAUAUUAGAUACCUGUUGAUUCCACUAGGAGUGCAGAGCUCAGCGCAGCUCACUCCAUCCGAUGUGAUAUACGAUCCACUACCUCUUCACCACACGGCAGGCGGAGUUCUUGGCGCAGGUCUUUCUAUAGUUUCAGGGUGUACAGUUGUGCUUAGGAAGAAGUUCUCCGCUUCCAAUUACUGGAGUGAUGCUGCUAAAUAUGGAUGCACGGCUACUCAGUACAUUGGUGAGAUCUGCCGCUACCUCCUCGCAGUGCCUCCUGGUCCUAACGACCGCGCUCACAAAGUCAACGUAAUCUUCGGCAACGGACUAAGGCCGCAGAUAUGGGAAGAGUUUGUUGAAAGAUUUGGCAUCAAAAGAGUCAUGGAGUUCUAUGGAGCUACUGAGGGAAACAGCAAUCUUGUAAAUCUUGACUCAAAAGUGGGAGCCAUUGGUUUCUUGAGUAGGAUAUUCUCAACUAUUUAUCCUCUUACUUUAGUCAAAUGUGAUGAGAUUACUGGUGAAAUCCUGCGAGACAGUAACGGCAGAUGUAUUACUUGCGGUCCUCAUGAACCAGGUCUUCUGCUAGGUAAAAUUGAUGCGAAAAAAGCUAUCCUGACAUUUGCGGGGUAUGCUGACAAAACUGCCUCAGAAAAGAAGAUGGUACGCAAUGUGAGAAGUGAAGGUGACUGUUAUUUCAAUACUGGUGAUGUUCUUGUAAUGGAUCAUUAUGGGUACUUCUACUUCAAGGACCGAACUGGGGAUACAUUCAGGUGGCGAGGUGAAAAUGUAUCAACUGCAGAAGUAGAAGGAGUUAUCAGUUCAUUGAUUGGACUGAAAGAUGCUGUAGUUUACGGAGUCAAGGUACCGAACACAGAAGGAAAAGCAGGAAUGGCAGCUAUCGCUGAUCCAGAGAGAACUUUGGACCUGGCAUCACUAGCCAAAGGUCUUCGUUCCUCACUGCCAGUAUUCGCUCGACCUCUUUUCAUUAGGAUCUUGCCAGAGUCACCACUUACUGCUACUUUUAAGCUCAAGAAGAAAGAGCUGAUGGAACAAGGUUUUGAUGUAGAAAUCGUAAGCGAUCCGAUGUAUUUUAUGGAUCAAAAGACCGGAGAAUAUGUUCCUUUAACUCAGAAGCUGUUUGAUGAUAUCAUGCAGGGUUUAGUGAGACUGUGA